CUCUGCCCUAUUCUGUCCGUCGGUGGACACAGGAUGCGUUAGAGACUCCCUCGGGGACCGUGGAGGAGAAUGCACGUCCGCGCAAACGGGUGCUACUGAUCCGCCCCAACCCUGCAGGCCACAGCAAGGCUUCCCCCCUUUCCAUUUCUACACAUCCCCUGCGAGGUGAUGCUUUUGUGAAAAAAGUGGAAAAAAACUAAAAACUACUCGAGUUCAACAUGGCAGACAAGGAUAGCGUGGAGAAAUACCUGGAGAACAACCCGCAGUUCGCCAAAGACUACUUUGAUAAGAAGCUGCGCGCUGAUGCGCUCUCCGCCGCCUUCAGCGCGCCUGUCGAUGUCAAAGACACUGCUUCGUUCAAGGAUAUGAACUCUAUUCAAGAGGCAGCCAUCAUCUUCGAGCUGGUCCAGGAGCUGCAGAAACAGGGAUCCGUUGAGCAGUCCCUUCACAAAGUGUUUCAAAGAAUCGCCAUGAUCGUGCAGGCCGACAGGGUCGGUUAUUUCCUGUGCAGGGCCAGAAACGGAAUACCCGAGCUCGCCACCUCCCUCUUUGACGUGACACCAACAUCCAAGUUCGAGGCAAACUUGGUCCAUCCGCAGACGGAAAUUGUGUUCCCUCUGGACAUGGGUGUUGUCGGUUUCACUGCUCAGUCCAAAAAGCCACAAAAUGUUCCUGACGUCUCAGCGAAUAAAAAGUUCUGUGACUUUGUGGAUAAACAGACUGGAUACAAGACUAAAUGCAUGCUCACGUUCCCUCUGGUGGCUGACAAAGAGUGCAUUGGAGUCGCCAUUGCACUAAACAAAAUAGGAGCUGAUAAGUUCUCUCCAGAGGAUGAGGCGCUCUUCCACAAGUACAUGAACUUUGCUCAAGUCAUCGCCCUGCAGCAUCACACAGCCUACAUGUUCAAUGUGGAGUCGAGAAGGAGUCAGGUGCUGCUCUGGUCGGCCAGUAAAGUGUUUGAGGAGUUGACAGACAUUGAGAGACAGUUCCACAAAGCCCUCUAUACUGUAAGGACCUAUCUACUAUGCGAGCGAUACUCAGUGGGUCUGUUGGACAUGACCAAAGAGAAGGAAUUCUAUGAUGAAUGGCCAGUGAAACUGGGAGAUGUGGAACCCUAUAAAGGACCAAAAACGCCAGACGGCAGGGAGGUCAUCUUCUACAAGAUCAUUGACUACCUCCUGGAAGGCAAAGAAGAAAUCAAAGUCAUACCUGGUCCACCUGCAGAUCACUGGGCUCUGGUUAGCGGGCUACCGACCUACGUUGCAGAGAACGGCUUUAUUUGCAACAUGAUGAACGUGGCUGCAGAUGAUUUCUUCACUUUCCAGAAAGAGCCUGUGGAUGAAACAGGUUUUGUCAUCAAGAAUGUGUUGUCGCUGCCCAUUGUCAACAAGAAGGAAGAAAUUGUGGGCAUUGCCACUUUCUUCAAUAGGAAAGACGGCAGGCCAUUUGAUGAGCAUGAUGAACAGAUCACUGAGGCCCUGACACAGUUCUUGGGUUGGUCGGUGCUGGUCUGCGACACGUACGACAGGCUGAACCGCAUGGAGUGGAGGAAAGACAUUGCUCAGGAGAUGCUCAUGUACCAGACCAGAUGCACCAAAGCUGAGAUGCAGUCCAUUCUGAACACCAAAGAGAAGUUUGACGCGGAGCCUGAAGACUGCGACCAGAAAGACAUGUACAAACUAUUGAAAGGAACCUGCCCGCCAGCUGACAAUGUCAACGGAGAGAAUCUGUACUCGUUUGGCUUCAGUGACUUCCCCGUCUCAGAGUUCAACCUCAUCAAAGCCGGCAUUCGCAUGUUCUUUGAGCUUGGAGUGAUUGAGAAGUUUAAAGUUCCCGCAGAGACACUGACCCAAUGGAUGUACACAGUGAGGAAGGGCUACCGUGACAUCACCUACCACAACUGGAGGCACGGCUUCAACGUAGGCCACACCAUGUUCUGCCUGCUGCAGACAGGGAAGCUGAGGAGGUACUACUCUGAUCUAGAUGCCUUCGCCAUGGUGGCAGCCGCUUUCUGCCACGAUAUCGACCACAGAGGGACCAACAACCUCUACCAGACAAAGAGUGCAUCUCCUUUGGCUAAACUUCAUGGCUCCUCAAUCAUGGAGCGGCACCAUUUGGAGUACAGCAAGACGCUCAUGGCUGAGGAGAGCCUGAACAUCUUCUGCAACCUCCAGAAGCGCCAGUUUGAGAAUGUGCAACACUUGUUUGACGUGUGCAUCAUCGCCACUGAUCUGGCCCUUUACUUCAAAAAGAGAACUAUGUUCCAAAACAUUGUGAAUGCCACUGAGCCAAUGCCAGAUGAAAAGGAGGCCAUUGCCUACAUCUCCAACAACUCCACCAGGAAGGAAAUCGUCAUGGCCAUGAUGAUGACAGGUUGUGACUUGUCUGCUAUCACCAAACCCUGGGAAGUACAGAGCAAGGUGGCUCUGAUGGUUGCUGCUGAAUUCUGGGAACAAGGAGAUUUGGAGAGAACUGUUUUGGACCAACAACCAAUUCCCAUGAUGGACAGAAACUGUGCCGAACAGCUACCCAAGAUGCAGUGUGGUUUCAUCGACUUUGUGUGCUCCUUUGUAUACAAGGAGUUUUCCCGGUUCCACAAAGAGAUCACGCCCAUGUUUGAUGGUCUGAACAACAACAGGGCACACUGGAAUGAGCUGGCUGAGGUAUACAAUGCAAAGAUGAAGGCCAUUGAGGAUCAGAAGAAGAAACUGGAAGAAGAGGAAGCCAAGAAAGCUGGUGGUGGAGGAGGCGACGCGAAGUCAAAGACCUGCACCAUCUGCUAAGUUCCUCCAGGGCUUCUUGAUCUGGACUAAUGCGGUCUGGUUAGGCCUAAUCUAGGCUACGCUGACAACUAGUCUAGUUGGAGCUUGACUAGGCUAGCUUGGUCUAGUCUGAUCUACACCAGCCUAGUUCUCUCUGGUUAGGUGCUGUCCGCUCUGAUGCCGUCCAGUCCAGCCCUGUUUGGUCUGACCUGGUUCAGUCUAGCCUAACUUUAGUCUAGUGUAGUCAGGUGUGGUCUGCAGUCCAGCCUAACUACCCUCCAAGGAGGGAAGAGUCAGAAACAUCACCAAGAAGUAAUGUUGGGACUCUGCCUGCAACAGAGAAGCCGUUUGACUCUGAAGAUGUGAUGUGUUUGAAACUUCCUCCACCAUGAACAAUCGAAAACCAACACGGACAACAUAUAUUUCCCUUUAGCAUAGCAAUAAUCUACACAUUUCUGUCAUGUAUGGUUUGAAACCAUGGUUGGAUAUGCCCAUAAGUUGUAAGCAAAUUUUCCAAGUCAAGCUAAAGUACAGAUACAAACUCUUACGUAUGAAUAGCCCAGAUAGGGUACUGUAGGUUGCACAAUGCACUUAGCUGCUGCUGUUUUGGCAGCAGCAGGCCAUGAAUGGAGGGCAGGCAGGCACAAUAACCACGUAACCUGGGUAAUCUGGGUUACAAUUCUCUUCUGUUUGAUUUAUUUUUUAUUUUUUAGUUAACAGUUAAAGUAGCAUGAGUUGUGGAAUGAAUUCCUUGAACACAAGAGCAGGAAACUGCAAUCUGAAGGGUCUGUUAAUGCUGCGUUACAAACCUUGAAGCUCAGAUACUAUAGCGCUCAUUCAAACAAGGGCUGAUGUUCUUUUACCUCAAAAAGGAGCCGGUGAGUUGUGUAAGGGUGUAUUUCUUUUAAUAUGCAAUCUAUCUAUAUACAUAUAUUUUUUUGGAUUCUUUGUCUGAGAAUUUUGUACUUGAACUGUCUUCAUGGAUGGAAAGUUUGAGGCGAGCUUUGGCAGAGGGCGUUGUGAAUCUAGAAAUUGUGAAAACUUUAUUGUCAGCUUUGGAAAACACUUGUAAGCUGUUAUCUUUAUGUCCAAUGACCUGGGAAAAAAAUAACUGAAAAAGGUAAUAUACAUAAUAUUUACGCCAGUGUUUAGAGCAAAAUUCAAUUCAAAAAACGAUAACUUCUUUUAAAUGUGCAUGAUUUCACAUGUAUAUAGUUUAUUACAUAGAAAUUGUAAAAUGUAAAUUGUGUAAACUUAAGAAUAAAUGAAGCAUAAAACUGAUUUGAAGGAUGUAAAGUGAAAGCAACCUUUGUUUCUUCUAAGGAGGCAAGAGUCGGAGUCAAACAGGGCACGGUAGAUCUACCUCCCCUGUAAGAAGAUUUGAUGGGAUUUGAUUUGAUUGCCAGCCAGCCUUUGAGAUCCACACAGCUUUAGACACUAAAUACCCUUCUUACAGAGAAGGUAAAGCAGGCUACCUAAACCUUAUUUGUAUGUGCAGGCGACUUGUGUUUAAAAUGGGCAGAUGCAACUAUAGCAUCAAUGAUUGUACGACGGUACAGGCUUUUUUCUUCACCGAUGUGAUUCUUCACACAACGCUUCUCCAUUUAAACCUGAAAUGAACUUGAUUUGGUCAGGCAUCUAAGUUGACAGCGCAACCCCUGUGAACUUUCUGAAACACUUUUAGCAGUGUCCCUCCCGGGUGCAGAGGCAAGCCCUCAACUUCCUGUUACACAAUGGCAUCUCCUCUAAUCAACAGGGCAUCAAUCAAAGGCACUUAAUCCUAUCAGAAUGGCUUUGGGACUACCUGGAAACUUAUUUUCUGCUGCUUGAGGUGAAGCAAGGAGCCGUUGUGAUUACUGGAGCCAACGCUGUGCUAAAACGUUUACUGAAUGAACCCCUGAGUGAUAUGUUUUAAUGAUUUAACCAUGAAAUUACCUCAUUAUUGCUGCUGCACACAUUUUAUAUGGAUGGUUACACCACCAGUUCUGUCUCCAGUCAUAAAAAAAAUGGCUCCUUGCUUUUCCUUCAAAGAUCCUUUUUGAGAUACCAAAUAAUACACUGUAUACUUCUCCUUAUCCCAUCAGCUGUCAUUCAGGUAAUAGAAAUCAUUUGACGUAUGAAAUGACCUCUACUGUAUGUAUGUGUCAUGAGAUGUAAUAUGUGUAAGCAAAUAAAGGAUUUAUGGAGGUGUAAGAA